UCUUGUGGGAAAUCAUCAGCGCAUGACUGGUCUUGUCAUUGGUGGCCAGUUGCUACAAGUCUUUGGAAGUAAACAAAAAUUUAAACGUUGUCUAAACGAUUUUAUCAUUCAAUUAUAUUUAUAUAUAUUAAUAAUGAGCGUGACACUUCAUACUGAUGUGGGUGACAUUAAAAUAGAAUUAUUCUGCGAGUUGUGUCCUAAAACAUGCGAGAAUUUCCUGGCACUGUGCGCAAGUGAUUAUUACAAUGGAUGUCUAUUUCACCGCAACAUCAAAGGCUUCAUAGUCCAGACUGGCGACCCGACACAGACAGGAAAAGGAGGCACGUCAAUAUGGAACAGAAAAUUCGAAGACGAGUUCAAAGAAGAGCUUAAACACAACAUAAGAGGCCUUGUUUCGAUGGCCAACAAUGGGCCCAACACAAAUGGCAGCCAGUUUUUCAUCACUUAUGGCGCUCAGCCUCAUCUGGAUCUCAAGUACACGUUAUUUGGCAGAGUAAUUGAUGGCUUGGAUACAUUAGAACAGCUGGAAAAGCUGCCAGUCAAUCCGAAAAAUUACAAACCACUUACGGAAACUCGUGUCAAUACUGUGACGAUACACGCGAAUCCACUUGCUGGAUAAAUAGUUACUUAUAAAUAAAUAUAUGAGAAAGAAGGUGUAAAUAGCGGGUGAGCAAGAUGCGUAAAAAUAAAUUUUAUUCAUUUUUUAAUUAAAAAAAAUUUAUUUAUAUAAGUAUUAAAAAUAUAAUCACAAUAUGUGCAAUUAAUUAUAAUUGCCGUGCAGUCUUUUGUUUUCUGGAUCGAAUGGACUGUGUGCGUAUGCUCGUGCGGGAUAUCUUUGGCCCAUUGAUUCUAUUUCAUAGUCACCUGAUUCUAUGAAUUGUUUCGUUAUAUUUUCAUCAUUAGGAUGAGUGAUGUAUCUAGAAAAUUUUAUAUUUCGGUAAAAAAUUUAUCAGACACUGGACAAGGUAGACCUCAGUAUCCGAUCAUGGAACCAGUACCCGAUCAUAUUUACGAAAUAUAGAUAUACAAAUACAUGAAGUGAUCGAGUACUAGUUCCUUGAUCGGGUACUAGAUCUUUUACCUUAGAUAUAUUUUCAAAAUAAUUUAUAAUUUAUUAUUACCCAUGUCCAAUACUGUUAUUAUAAAUAUAAGAGUAUUCAGCUCUUCUUAAAUACCCAACGAGUUUAUUAUCACGAUAAAUAGCUUCCAGUCCCCACAAAGGUACUCGUUUACUGUAAAAAAAAUUAUAUAAUCGGUAAUUUAUAAAGUAAUUUGUGUAAAAUAUUCAUAAAAAACUCACUCUUUAAGAUGAAAGUGAACUAGUUUACGCUUAAUACCAUCGGCGCGCAAUUUAUCAACAGCUUUCUUGCCGAUGUAUUCUCCAUGUCGACGACAAAGAAAACCAAGUCCAGCUUCAAUGGGGCUAUCGUCCAUUCUUAAGUCGCUGUUCCAUAAAUGGUAUCCUUUCUCGAGACUCAAACUAUACAUGGCACGGAAACCAGCUAAUUUUAACCCGUACUCCUUGCCAGCUUCCAUCAGGAUGUUGAAGAUUUUUUCGCAAGACUGGCUGGGAAUGUGCAGCUCGUAUCCCAGUUCCCCGACGAAACUUAGACGCAAGGUCCUGACGAGGCAGCCUUUUAUGUCGAUAAUCUUUGAAGUAGAAAAGGGAAACUGGGCAUCUGAUAAGUCUUUGUCUGAUACUUCUUCAAGUAUGUAACGGCUAUUUGGUCCUUGGAUUGAUAAAAUUCCCAUGGUGUCAGUGGCGUCGUGAAUUGUCGCUUCGAAUCCUUUUUUUUUAAUCGCUUUAUUCAAGUGCGAAAAUGUGUGAUACGAAGACAUUCCUCCAGCAACUAGAU